CGGCGCUCGGGUAGUGACAGACAGAUGCAAUGCGAGUGAAGGAAAUGGCGGCUGAGCAGGACAAACGUUUCCCCUCCUAGAUUCUGCAAAAGCGUUACAUUCAUAUAGCCUUAUCAUCUGCUUUCAUUUGCUCUCUACUGCACUUUAAAACUUUACGAGAGAAUUGGAUGCUGUUGUCACCAAAGACGUUGACAGAGAAGAAACAGGGAAGACAAAAGGAAAAGAGCGGGCAUUUCAUGGCAGGAAGAAUAUUCUGCAGCUGAAGGACGAUAAGAAAGAGGAGGCUGGGGUAAAGUGCCAGAACAUACGAAGUCCAGUUCCUGCCAGCCAGACCACCUCUGUCAAAUCCUGCACCAUCAGCGAUGCCAACUGGCCCAGAAACCGCCAGCGCCCGCCACAUCUCAGCCGGAAGCAACUGCUGAAAUUUUAGCGCCGUACCGCGGCCCUCGCCGCCAUCCUGGGAACUCAAGUGCAGCUCACGUCCAUCCACCGAGGGAAGCAAAACGCUGAGGGGCCUGAAGUAUACUGCACCAAAGCUCACCUCUCAGGCAUGGCUCCCAUUCGGGACUCGGUCAGCCACUCCCCUAACCAAACAGGUUUGGAUCACGCUGGUCUGGACCCUCAGUAUGAGAAUUCACCCUGGAGCUCUGGCUCACCCUGCAGUGACUCAAACAGUAACUGGGGCAAAGUGAUUGUAGACAGCUGUGAUAAGGGAGCCUGGCCUUCCAUCACUGGUAGUGACCCAGAGCUGGCCUCAGAAUGUAUGGAUGCUGACUCUGUCUCCAGCUCCGGGUCCGAGAAAAACCUCUGUAUGAUGGCGUCUGGGAUUGCUGGUGGUGACAGCAAUGGCAAUAGGCAAGGCAGCAAUCAAGGUUCUCAUUUCAUGGUUGCAAAUGGCAGCAAUAAUGUGGCUAAUGGGAGUGUUAAGGGUCCUUGGGGCUCAGUGCUAAGCACAUGUCAAGGUUCCGGAGAGAGCCCCAGUGACAAGCUGGCAGAAGGUGGUCAUGGAAAAAUGAAUGCAUGGGGUACCCAAGGUCCCUCUACUAAUGGAGGUGUAAAUCCAAGCACUUUGAACCCAAAUGCCAACCAUGGUGCCUGGCCCGUUCUGCAGAAUGCUGGUCCCAACUCCCAUGGGCCUUUGGGCAAUGGGAACGGGGGCACCAACACUCAACGAAGCACCAUAGGUCAAGUGCCCAACAUGCAGAGUGUUAACUCUAAGAUGUGCUGGGGAAGUCUGCAGGAAAAGGUGGUUGAAUCUGAAGUCAAUGGUACAAGCAAGGUUCUAAGUGGGCAGCCUCAAAACCUUAACACUGAAUUUAACGGACCAAAUAACACUACUAACCCUAUGACCUCUAGUUUACCAAACGCUACAGGUUCACUGCAGAUGAAUGAACGAUCCUGGCCUGUGAGCACAGGGGGCUCCCCUCAGCUCCAAACUUCUCCUGUCUCUAAUGGCACUUCCAUUUCUCAGCAUGGCAACAGCGAGGGGAUGAACAGCGGGUCCUACGGUACAGCAUGGGGUGCUCCGCCCAGCACUACUUAUUCUGGAGACAAAUGUUCUGUCCCAAAAGGCCAAGCUGUGGGCGACACUGUGAAUGCAACUCUAAUGCAGUCCGGAGCUAAUGGAUCUUCUGUGAGUGCUGCUUCUUUCAAAAAUAAUAAUAAUGGGAUGGUCAGUUGUGGAGGAGGCUGGGACUCUCAGUCCACUGCCUCUCAAAGUUUGACUUGGGGAGCAGGUAACAGCAUGGGUGCUGCUGGAGCCUCUUGUCCCUGGGGUAGCACCUCAUCUUCCUCGUCGUCCUCCUCAACGUCUUCAAACACUGGCACUAAAGUCUCGAGUGGGGAGUGGGGCGCAUUGCCCGGCAACAGUCAGCAUUCCAGUGAUGGCACAAGUGGGAGCAGGAAGGGAACAAAUGGGUGGAAGUCCUUGGAAGAUGAUGCCCUUGGGAUAGGGAGUGGUGGUCAGUCGUCCCAAGGCAGCACAUGGAACAAAUCCACAGGCAGCGAAGGAAGUGGAGAAAGCUCGGGAACUCGUAGUGAGAGGGAUGGACAACGUAGUGGCAACCGCAGGAGGGGCAACCAGCAAAGUUUGAUACAAGCAGCUCUCUCAAGAACUGAUAUGGACCCAAGGGUGCUAUCCAACCAAGGAUGGGGACAGACCCCGGUCCGGCAAAACACUGCCUGGGAUGUAUCCAGCUCUGAGAAGAAGACUGGAAAUGGGUCACAGGGAUGGGGUAGUGCUCCCCCCCAGACGGCAAGCUCCCAAAGUGGAUGGGGAGAUACACCCAGUACCAACACUAAUGAUGCUGGUGCAUCUGGUUGGGGCGAGCAGAAGCCCACCUCUGGCUGGGGGGAGACCAAAGCUCAAAAUGGCUGGGAAGACUCUUCAGCCGGCAUGAACAAGGGUAAUUCAUCUUGGGGUAACUGCAAGGAUGACAAAUCCUCUUCCUGGAGUAAUGGACAAAAGACAAAACAGGGUUGGAGUGGCUCUUCUGGAGAAGGAUGGGGUGGAGAAGGGUCAAGAGGGAACCACUGGGGGGAGCCGCAGAAGUCUGGAUCUGGAGGUUGGGAUAGCGACAGCGAUCGUUCCGGUUCAGGAUGGAGUGAGACAGGGCGUUGUAACACAAACAACACUUGGGGAGGAAGUGGAGGCGCUAACACUCCUGACCAAGGUGGUCAGUCAGCUGGAUGGGGAGAUUCUGUGAAGACUAACAAUCAGAACCAAGGCUGGGGUGAGCCAAUCAAACCAAGUCACUCCAACCCAGCCUGGGGUGAAGCUACAAAAUCCAGCAACCAGUCAGAGUGGGGAAAAGGCCAGGAUGCCAACACAGGGACCUUCAGGGCAGGAAGUAGCUCUCAGAAUGGAGCCAAAAACAAGCCGACUGGAUGGCUGGGAGGUCCGAUGCCUGCUGCUCUGAAAGAAGAAGAGCCAACAGGUUGGGAAGAGCCGUCUCCUGAAUCCAUUCGGCGCCGGAUGGAGAUUGAUGAUGGCACUUCCGCAUGGGGAGAUCCAAGCAAGUACAACUACAGCAAUGUGAACAUGUGGAACAAGAAUAACUCUGCAGAGCAGGAUAUUUCUCAGCAACAACCACCUCCACCAGCCCCAAGCUCCAUAGGGCAAAAAGAGAAGAGCUGCAGCUCAGGAUGGGGUGAACCGUAUGCAGGGCCUCAAAAGGGGGAGUCCUCAUCAUGGGCAGAGCCUGCGGUGGACAUUGGCACGUCUGCGUGGGGAAAGCCAAUGGAUUCUGGGUCGAGCUGGGACGAUCCAGGAAGAGAGAACACAGGAAAUGGGUGGAGCUCCCAAUCACAGCACAAAUCCGGACCGAAGCCUGUGCAGAGUAGCUGGGAUGGUGAGAUGGCGAUGCCCGCUCCCUCUAACUGGGAGGAGGAGGAGGAGGUGGAGAUCGGCAUGUGGAAUAACAACACACCACAGGAAGUGAAUCAGUCAGGAAACUGGUCCUACUCGAAGAAGGUCCCUCCUAAGAUGAACAAAGGCGCUGGGAAGCCAGACGAUCCAUGGAUGAACCAGUUUGUGAAGCAUUUCAACAGCAUGAAUUUCACUAGGGAUUCUGAAGACUCCCUGAAGAGCAAUAAGAUGGACAUGUCUGCAGGAAUGAUGGAUAAGAGGAUGGAUGUGGAUAAACACAGUGUUAACAUGCCAUCAGCCCCACGCCACCCAGUCCACAAAGAUCCGCCGCCCAUCGAUCGAAAUUCGUACAUGGAGAAGCUCUCACUGCCCUACGAUAACUCUGUAGUGGAAGAGCAACAAAAUGCACAAAGCUUGAGCUUUCCCCCCUCUAACCCUGCUUCAGGCAGGCAGAAUGUUAACAUGUACGGUGGUGGAAAUGCAGCAGCACAAGGCCGAAACUCCCAGCAGCCUCCAGCACAACCUCUGAACUCGGCUCAGUCCAAUUUACGCAACCAAGUGCCUCCUCCACUGCUCCCCUCUCAGGUCCCUCCAUCGUUGUUGAAGUAUCCACCCAAUAAUGCAGGUCUGAAUACAAUUUUUGGCCCUCAGCAGAUGGCUAUGCUCAAUCAGCUCUCCCAACUCAACCAGCUCUCUCAGCUCAAUCAAAUAAAUCAGCUGCAGCGUCUCCUCAUUCAGCAGAAGACUCAAAAUCAGAGAGUCAUGACUGGCAACAACCGCCAAACCCAAGAACAGCAGGUCCGUGGUUUUCCUGCAGGUGCCAUGGUUCCGCCUCCUCGUCAUGUGGAUCCUCCUCUGCUGAAGCAACACUCCCCCCCUCAGCCUGCAGCAAUGCACCAGCCCAAACCCUACAUGGACAACUUCAUCAGCCUGAACACACCCGACCUGCACAAAGAACAACACGCACUCAACUCUUUCACCAACUUCCCUUUAGCCUUGGCCCCAAACUUGAAUGUAAACAAUCCUGAUAUUGGUAGUGUUGGACUCAAAGAGCCACAGUCCCGUCUCAAGAAGUGGACCGCCAUGGAUGUUUCCAUUAACUCGCCACUCGAUCAAAACCCCAGCAAACCUGGUGCUAUGUCCUCUCUGAGGAUUGAAGACUCUCCCUUUGGUCCGUAUGACUUUAUAAACUCCAGUAAUUCUCCCAUCAGCCCCCCUGGUUCAGUGGGGGAUGGCUGGCCCACUCGUGCCAAAUCACCUCAUGCAUCCUCUAAUGUCAACUGGCCACCAGAGUUUCGUCCCGGUGAGCCAUGGAAAGGUUACCCGAACAUCGACCCUGAGACUGACCCGUUCGUCACUCCCGGCAGUGUGAUUAACAACCUCUCUAUUAACACAGUGCGGGAUGUUGAUCACCUCAGGGACAGGAACAACGGGCCAUCCUCAUCACUAAACACCACGCUGCCUUCCAACAGUGCCUGGACAUCCAUUCGUGCCUCCAACCACAGUAGUUCCCUCAGCAGUACAGCACAAAGCACUUCAGCCAGAAACAGUGACUCUAAAUGGUCUCCUGGUUCAGUGUCUAACUCUUCUUUAGCUCAUGAGCUGUGGAAGGUUCCUCUGUCGACUAAAGGUGUCUCGGCUCCGUCCCGUCCCCCACCUGGCCUCACCGGGCAGAAGCAGCCCUCUUCCUGGGGCAAUGGCGCACUGAGACUUGGUGCCUGGGGCAGCUCUGAACCCAGAUACACCCCAGGCUCCAGCUGGGGUGAAAGCAGCUCAGGGAGAACCAACUGGCUCGUUCUAAAAAAUCUCACACCUCAGAUUGAUGGCUCCACCCUGCGUACCUUGUGCAUGCAGCAUGGUCCACUCAUCACAUUCCACCUGAACCUGCCACACGGAAAUGCUCUCGUCUGCUACAGCUCAAAGGAGGAGGCGGCAAAGGCUCAGAAAUCACUGCACAUGUGUGUGUUGGGGAACACUACUAUCCUGGCUGACUUUGCAAGCGAGGAGGAGAUAAAUCGUUUUUUUGCACAAGGCCAGUCGAUGUGCGUGUCUGCGGGUUGGCAGGCGCUAGCGUCCUCUCAGAGCCGACUCUCGUCAGACGCCUUUUCUAGCGGCGGCGGUGGGGGUGAGCUGCACUCGUCCUCCUCACUGUGGGGGGCACCGAGCUACUCCAGCAGCCUGUGGGGAUCCAGCGCCUGCCCUGAGGGGGGCAAUCGGCUUAGCAGCCCCUCCCCCAUUGCCUCCUUCCUGCCGGUGGAUCACAUGACAGGAAGCGGCGACUCCAUGUAAUGCAUCAAAAUACAACACAAAAAACCCUGUGACCUCAGCGUGGCAUAGCUCAUCUGAAUCAUGACUAUAUAGAUUCUUUAUGGAAAAAAAAAAAUCUAAAGGCACUAGUUUCUUCACUUACAAGCAUAAUAAUAUUAAUCACAAUAAGGCGGGGUCAACCUGUGGAAGUAAGUUACGACUUUUUGUUUUUGAUUUUUUUUUUUUUCUCUCUGCACAUAUGUCCACUUUGUUUUAGCCCAAAAACAAAAACAUAUCAGUGUGAAUACUUGAAUCAUGCAGGCCAAUACGAUAAUGUGAAAGGAUGCGUUUUAAACCUUCCAGGUCGUGCUCUUCAUGCAGACAUACAGGAAAAACUAAAUCUUUCAGCUUAUUCAUGUUUAUCUGAAUUCCAGUUCUUUUAUUUUUUUAUGCGUGUUUGUUUGCUGACAAUGUUUGAGCUUUUUUUUUUUUUUUCUUUUCUUUUUUUUUUUUUUUUUAACUUUGCACUGAAUGUGGUUUUUCUCAGUAUAUAACUCUGCAAUAUCGAGGGAGCCGACAGUUCCAGUGUAGAUGUUUACUCAAGGAUGUUCUUAAAAUGCGUAUGUGUGCGUUUGUGAGUGUGUGUGUGUGUCUGUGUGCGCGCGCGAGUGCAUGUGUGUGUGCGCUCUACUAUGCCUUGACGUACGCCUACCUUAUCGUGGUAUUGUGGAGUCCGAGAUCAAGAUAAGAUGCUGACCUUUAGGAUUACCUGAUGGUGAUAUUACACGUUAAAUGAGUAUUGCACCAAUUUAUCUUUCUUUUUUUGUGUGUUUUAAAAGAAAACUAAAGAAUUUAGCAUUCUGCAGUCUAAAGAAACUGUAGCCACAGCUGUGACUCGCAAAAAAACAGCACUUUGAAGAUAGGCUUUGGAUUACUUUGGUCUUUUUUGGAGGCGCCACAUCGGGUUCCUCUUGUUUACAGACUUUCGAGGGGGGAAACGUACGCUCAUUCUUCCUUCAUUUUAAAUGAGAAACAAAAAAAAUGCACAAAAACCUUUAAAAAAUUAUAAAAUGAGGGAAAAAUAAAUAAAAAAAUUUAAAAAUAAAAAAAGUUGGAAAAAAAAAAAAAAACCUACAGAAACCGUUGUGGAUGAAGACGAUGCGGUGUAUCUCUGGGAAAUACUGAUCAGUGUUCGGCCAUGCCGUCGGUUAUUUGAUGUAUUCCUGUCGUCUGCUCAAUAACCAGCAUGGUUCUCAGGAAAUAUAGCCAGUUUUUCCCCCUCAAAUAAAAACUCCUAAUUGUAGGAAAAAUCAACUUUUAGCACUGAAAUGACUACUUGGAGCUGAGUGCGUUUAUUUCUCUGCCAAAUACCUGCUUUAAGCUGGAGACAUUCUACACACCGCGCUCAUCAAACUGCCCCACUCGCUUCCUUUCUCUAAGUCUGCUUCUUGCUGUCCUACUCCUCUUUUAUUUUUGCUAAUAUUCUCUUCUUAUUACUCUUUGGAAUUGUUUGGUCUUUUUUCCUUUAUCGUUUAUACAGUGGUUUUGUUUCAUCUCUAGUCUUUUCCAUCUUUUUUUCUUAUUCUCAUUCUUCUUCUCCUCUUUCUGCGUUUCAUUCUUUCUCAGUUUUUCCUGCACCUUUACUCAUAUUCUACUAUUGUUCCUUUUUUGUCUCAUUGUUCUUUUUCUUCAGUGUUUGAGUGUGGUUUAAAAGAAAAGAAAAAGCAGAAACUAUGCAUUUCCUGUAGCUCUGUGACGGACUUGCUUUUUCUUUUUUAAGCUCAAGUUUUCCCAAAAGGCAUUUUGAAAAGCUCGUUGUAGAUUAGCCUUUAUUUUUCAGCACCGCCACAGACGGCAGUGUUAGUCUAACUUUUAACAGUCAUCUACAUUUCAUUAAAUGUUUUUUUUUUUUGUUUUGUUUUGUUUUUUUUUUUCCAUCCCCGAAGAUGAUGCAACACCGUGGCUUUUUAACUGUUUACAAAUCGAGUAUGAUUGUAAUGUGUACAGGUCUCUGAAGUUCUUUUACAUUAUGGAUCAAUCUGGCUGCUCGUGUCAUUACUAUUAUCAUUAUCACUAUGAUUAUUAUUAUUAUUAUUAUUAUUAUUGUGUUUUCCCUUUGGUUUCUCAGCGCUGGUGUGUCGGUGUGUGAACAGCUGGAGCCUCUGAUUGCGCCCUCAGAGGGGAAUGUAACCUAAACACACGCGUUAGUCAUGUACAUAACCAUAUAUCGCAUUGUUGAUGCACAGAGAUGUCAGCAUUAGGCGAAGCCAUGGACCUUAAUGUGUGUGUAAGCUGUUUAUGCUCCCUAUUUGCGUGUGUGUAUGUGUGUGUGAGAGAGAUACAUGUUUAAACCCGUGAGUAUUAGCCUUUAUUUUGCGACUUUAUGCUGAGUGUGCCAGUAUUGAACCGUUUUAAUAACCGCUUUACCAAAUCGACUUUAAUCAAAAGCUUCUGCGCUAAAUGAUUCCACAAAUCCAUUAAAAAAAAAAAAAAAACCUUAAAAAAAAAACCUUAAAAAAAAAAAAUCCUAAAAUGCCUUGCGAUUGCACUUGGUGUGUACAGUCACUGAUUAAAGUGUUUGUCCACACAGAGUGUAGCUGUAGAGUGAGAGGAGGAUUAUACUCUGUGUGUGUGUGUGUGUGUGUGUGUGUGUGUGUGUGUGUGUGUGUGUGUAUCUGUCUGUCUGUCCCCAUUACACUCUAACUGUACCCCACUAUACACACACUUUUACUUUGUGUUGCUCCGUGUGUGUGUGUCCAGUCCCUGGGGACGCUGUUCCCCUUCACACACACACACUUCCUUGAUGUGUGGUGCUCCAAACUUUUGUGUGUGCAUGCAGGUAUAUGUCCACAGUGUCCGUUACACCUCACCCAACUGUCCAUGACUACAGUACUCUUAUUUAGCCUCUUCUAAAUCCUUAUUUGUUUGCAAUGGGUGUGUGUGUGUGUGCGCGUGCGUGCGUGUGUGGAAAAUGCUCAACAAUUACACACAUCUGCCUAGGCAUGACUUUUCCGUGCGUGUUUUCUUACAAUAAUGCAGACUUAAUGAUUGUGAGUGUUGGUGCUGGUUUGUUCAGUGUGUGUGUGUGUGUGUGUGUGUGUGUGUGUGUGUGUGUGUUUGCUUCCUCUUUAUGUUCAUGUAUUGCUCAGUCUGUCAGACUCUGUGCAGUGUUAAUUCCACUUCUCAUGUGCAUUUCUGAAUACGUGCUUUGUUUUGUGCGUGUGUGUGGGUUCUACCCAUGUCGUCUUCACUGUAUGUGUGAAUGAACAGCUAUGGAUCUUCCUAGACUCCGUGUCCCAGCACACACACUUCCUUUAAUGUGUAUUGUUCCUGUGUGUGUUUCACCACAGUCUCCGUUACACUCAUUACACUCUAACUACAUGCGUCCAUUACUACACUGCUGUUUAUCCACCCAGUACAUUUUUUGUGUGUGUUAAUGUGGAGAAAAAUCCUCUCUGAGCUUUAACAAUUGUUCUAAUUUGCGCUCGUUUCCCCCACAACUAGCUGACUGAAAUAGAACAGGGGGGAGGGGGGCUUUAGCCACUGAGUUUCUUUCGUUUUCAUUUUGUCCUCUUGUAUAUGCGGUGUUUAUGUAUGAAUGAGAAAACAGUUCUGUAAUCCACUGUCAUGCCAAAUCUAGGGAGGGAGUGCAGGAGGAAAGGGAUUACUCUUUAAAAGCUGGAAUGUGUAUGUGUGUGUUUAUGCUAACUGGAUGGCAAUGUACAAUCCCCAUAAUGCAUAAUGGCAGCCGGGUAAACGGGGGUGGGAAGGGGUGGAAUCUGGCAUAGACAUUCUACUUUUGUACUGAAUGAUUUGUUUCUAAUUGAUCCUGUGAGCGAAUCAUCGCAGUGUGUGUGUGUGUGUGUGUGUGUGUGUGUGGUGUUUAUUUUUUAUUUCUUUUUAAAAAAAAAAAUCGUUCCUACUGUUUGCAAUUUUCGACUUUAAACUGUGAGAGCGUCUCGCCGUCGGUUGUUGUCGUUCCGAUUCUCGAUUGACAAAACCCUAAAAGCUUUAGAAAAAACCAGCACAAAGAGGCCGAACGAGAAACUCUUCCACCCUGGAGAACAUUCGGAGAACGUCUAUGCAGCGAAGGACGAGGCUUCCAUUAGAAUAAUCUGUGUUUAUGCUUAAUAAUAAAUAAAAUAAAAUAAUCCCAAGUGGAAUUUAAGGGUUUUUUUAAAAAAUAAAAAAAAAAAAUCCUUCAAACGCACGUGCCAUGACUGACAUCCGUAUUUUUUUGUGUUUUCUUCUCCAAAAAUAAAGCGGGCCAGUUGUAGCAGACUUUGGAGCAUUAUUAGCGUUAAUGUUAUUGUUAAAUAUUAAUUCAGCGACUUCAUGACACUCCUCAGCGGCAAAAAUGUACACAAAAAAAAGUUUUUAAACUGAAAAUACACCAUUCUGGUUUUAUGCUCACACAAUGCGCGCAUCCUUGAUAUGCACACUGCUUCGCUAGGACUGUUUUUGAAAAAUACAAAGAUUUAAACGUCGCAGAAAUGACAUGAGCGAGCAGGAGGUCUCCUCAGCAUUCCUGCUGUCGUCGUUAGCAUCAAUGUGUUUAGCUUGGGGGAAACUGCACUUUUUGAAGGACAAUCCUUAUUUGUAACGGUCAUUGUUAACAAUAUUUAGUCGACGAAUAAUAACGAGAACACAAGGUAGAAACUCUUGUAGUGAUGAAUGUUUCCUCUAACGCUGUUUUUAUUUUCCUCUUUGUUGCUUGGUUUUCGAUUUUAGUGCCCGAUUUAAGUGGAAUAAAGCCGUAGAGUAGGUUUUUAGCUCUUUUUUUUUUUUUUUUGUUGUUGCCUCUACUUGUAGGACUGAUUAACUGUUUGUAAUGUUCUGAUCUUAAUAUCAGAAUACAAAGCUGUAUAAACUCGGGUGCAACCCGCAAUAAAUAAAUAAAAAGUCUAACAUUGAA